AUGAAGAAAUUAUAUGAAAAAGCUGAAGAAGAAUGUGCUCAGUUUAAUAAAGAAGGAAAUACUUUAUGGGAACAAGCUUUUGAAAAAAUGAUUCUAAUUUAUAAAGAAGAAAAAACAUGUUCAUUUGAUGUUAUUAUUGAUAUUAUUACGAAAAUUAUGUCGCGUCAAGAAGAUAUUGAUUUGAAUGAAAAUGGGAAUGGGAAUGGAAAUGAUAAUAAACAUGAUUUACCAGUUUACCAUCGCAUUCAACGUAUUUUAACAAUCCUUGAUUCUCACGUAAAAACAUUUGAUAAGAUGAAAAAAGUUGAAUUUCAGUCAAUAACACCAGUUAUUCUUCAAUUUGAUAAAACAUUAGCUUAUGAUUUGGCAAGAAUAUUAAUUAGAAUAGCUAAAAGUAAAGAAGAUCUUGAAGAUAUAUUAAUAAAUCUGGAACAAAAUUUCUCUAAAAAUUGUUUUGAAAACACUUUAAUAGAAUUAUCAAGUGUUAUUAUGAAUUGGGAAUCUUGUCCUUUUAUUAAACAAUUAAAUGCUAAUGAAAAACUUGAAUUAGGUCAGUGGUUUAUCAAAGAAAAAAAUCGAACAUUAUUUGUUUUUGAUCUUGUAAAACAAGUUUUUCAUGAAUCGAAUGUUGAUCGAGAAGAAUGUAAAAGUCUUCUUCGACAAAUGCGACAAAGUGACAAUUUAUGUAUACGACGACAAGCCAUGAAUUAUACUGUACCAUGGGCAGAAGAUGGUACUCUUAUCAAAAAACAUGGUUUUUGA